UGUACUUCGUCAAAACUGAUAGAACACAUAAUAUUUAAGCACAUCUCAGUCUUCAUUGAAAAUAAUGGCUUCUGCGACGCGCGCUAGGACGACUUCCGUCGUGGUAGAUCCACCGUAACACAACUAUUAGAAACAGUGCAUGAAAUCGCUGCAGCAUUAGACGGUCAAGGCCAAAUUGACAUGGUAUUCUUAUAUUUUGAGAAAGCCUUCGACCGUGUGUCGCACCAAAAGUUCUUAUCAAAGUUAAAACCUAUUGUCAAAAACGACCAGCUACUUCACUGGAUUGAGGCGAAUCUUACGGGAAGGCGACAGACAGUCAUUGUUGAUGAUGCGAAAUCAGACUUAUCCGGUGUGCAAUCUGGAAUCCCACAGGGAUCAGUCUUGGGCCCUCUGUUCUUUCGAGUUUUUAUCAAUGAUAUAGUCAAUAAUAUACCUGUUAAAAUUCGGCUGUUGGCAGAUGACUGCGUAAUUCAUUAUGAAAUUCACAGCGAGGCAGAUCAGACGAUCCCAAAUUCAUCCUUAUCAGCAAUAGCGACAUGGUGCUUAGAGUGGCCAACGAGCAUUAACCUAAGAAAAACAGUAUCAGUGAUCAUUACACGCAAAAAGAAGCCGUUACCUUUUGUAAACAGCAUUGAUGGCCAUGACUUAUCCUCUGUUACACAAUAUAAAUACGUUGGUUUAGUAAUUACGUCGGACCUUAGGUGGAAUAGCCAUGCAACUCACAUUAAAAAAAGCAAGCCAUGAAGAAGCUCGGAUACCUGAGGAAGACGUUAGCUAAAUCUACAAGUAAUAUAAAAUUAUAAGCAUACAAGACUUUCAUCAGACCAUUGCUAGAGUACGCUACUCCUGUCUGAGACCCUUACACCCAAGCAAGCGUAAAUAUUAUUGAAAUAAUACAGCGGAAAUAAGUCAGCUGGGUUUAUUUUUAAUUCCUACCGCCGUCAUACAUUAGUUAGCGCUCUAUUACAGGAGACGAACCUGGAAACCCUAGAGGUAAGGCGAUAUCGAGAGACUCUCAAAUUGUAAUAUUUAAUUCAUUAGGAGCAUGUAAAACUAGAUGAAACAUUGUAUAUUAGACCUUGUAGCCGGCGCCCAACGCGUUCAUCACUAUCAUUCAGGUUAGACGAGUAUUCGCAACACACCACUUUAUUUAAGCAGUCGUUGUUCCCCGGAACCAUGCAUGACUGGAACGCCCUGCCCGAAAACGUUCUUCAAAGCUCAACCUUAUCAUCCUUUGCGCACGCUCUCGUUAAUCUAUGACCCGAAACGUUUCCCACGAUCUCUGCCCUAUUCCAUAUACUAUGUGAUAUAGAUCAUAGCAUGUCAAUGGCACCUUAUUUUUGUGUGUAUAAGCCAUUGUGUAAACAUGUGCUGUAUUUCACAUGUUAUUGGGUUGUUAAACCCUUUGUGUAUAUCCCACUCCUGCCUAGGGCCUGUAAAACAGGCUGGCAGCACGAACAAACAAAAAAAAAAACUGGUAUAUAAUAUGUUAGCCCCGCAGAGCGUGCUUGUAUUAAACUGUUCCGGGCGCUCAAUUUACACCGACUAGCAUAGACCGACUGCAUUGACAAUUUUUUUUUCGUUUCUGCUGAAUCUUUGAGCCUACCUCGCGGGUACUUCUCGCAUUUCUUCCCUACCUUUCAUUUAUCAUUUUCUCUUUCUCUCUUCGUGUCGCAAUGAAAUAUGACACAUUCUUCAGAAGCAGCUGGCUGAAGGACGAUAUGCUUGAAAGCCUCUAUUCUCGUUCCCACAAGUUGAGUGACGCAACACCUUUCCCGCAAUCAGCCUUCUCUUCACGCCGGCCGUCCACAAUUCCGCGGUCUCGGUCGCAGUUUUUCUGUUUCGGGCCGAUGAAUUCCAGUCAGCUCACCCCAAUCGAGGCUUCCCUAACGUGCUUUUUUUUUUUUCUUCAUUGCCCCUUGAUCAUAAUGAGGGGCGUUUCAAAUUCUCAUCCAACAGUGUUGUCAACGCAUCCGGUAGCAUUCCCUCCGUUCUACCACAUAUCGAACAACAGGAAACGGUUACCCAUAAAAAACGCACGUGUUCUUUAUACAACCAAGCCGACGUGCCCAAUCACCGGCAUUGGGUCCCGAGAAAAACAAGAGAGAACGUCAAUUUCCGAUUGAAGGUUGCCAGCCUUGGAGAAGACGAAGGUAAUGCGAAUGAGCUCAUUCAGGCGACAUGACUCAUUUGACUGCGCUCGCUUUCACGGUGACGAUAUUAUUAGGCUCCUCGCAUCGCACGUCACACCGACGCUCCUUUACCGUCGACUACGCGAACAACCAGUUCCUCAAAGAUGGCCAGCCUUUCCGCUUCAUUUCCGGCUCCCUGCACUAUUUCCGCAUCCCAAGGGCGUACUGGAGAGAUCGCAUGGUAAAGAUGAGACUCGCCGGCUUAAACGCGCUGGACGUUUACGUGGAGUGGAGCGGCCACGAAGUGGAACCGGGAAAGUUCAACUUCAAAGGCGACUACGACUUGCAGGUGUUCCUUGACAUCGCCAAGGAAGUCGGGCUGCUGGUGAUCUUCAGACCGGGACCGUACAUAUGCGCCGAAAGAGACAACGGCGGCUUGCCCUAUUGGCUGCUGAGGUUGAAUCCCGCCAUGAGGUACAGGUCGUCAGACAUGACUUAUCUCUCACGCGUGGAGAAGUGGUUCAGCGUGCUGCUGCCCUCGGUGGAGCCGUAUCUCUACAGGAACGGCGGUCCUAUCAUCGCCGUGCAAGUGGAAAACGAGUACGGCCACUACGUUAGCUGCGACGGCUUUUACAUGCGGCACCUGGUCUGGCUUAGCCAAUACUACCUCGGCAGGGACGUCGUCCUGUUCAGGACAGACGAACCGAACGACACGUUAUACAGGUGCGACGAAGUCCAGGGACCGCUGGUGGCGGGCGACUUCGGCUCGGACAAGGACGUCGACCUAAUGUUUCGAUUCGUCAGGAGGGCGAUGAGACAAGGGCCACUCAUCGUGGCCGAGUACUACUCCGGCUGGAUGGACAACUGGGGUCGACGUCACGCCCACGUCGAUCAACGUGUGGUAGUCAGGAACUUGGAUACCAUCCUGCAAUACAACGCGUCGGUGAACUUUUACGUGUUUCACGGAGGAACCAAUUUCGGGUUCACGAACGGCGCGAAUCCGCCGGCUCAGCCGACGAGCUACGACUACGGAGCACCCUUGACCGAAGCAGGCGAUCCGACCUCUACAUACUUCAAGAUAAGAGAGACUGUGGGACGCUACCUGCCGCUUCCGAAGGGAGCGCUGCCAGCUCCGGCACCGAAGUUACAGCUCGGUGCCGUCAGUCUCAACUCGUGCACGUCGCUUGACGAAAUGCGGGGUUUUCUACAGAGACAAGGGUACGUCAAGCCCGUAGUGUCCCAGUGGCCAUUGUCGUUCGAAGCGCUCGGUCAAGCAUACGGGUAUGUCGUUUACACAGUGAGGUCUUCGUUCAGGCAUACGAGCCCGGCCAUUCUUAGUGUGCCGGGUAUCAAGAACAGGGGUUACGUGUUCACCACACAGAGCCGCACGGUCCUGAGCAGCGAUCACUUCGUGUUCAGUGCACCCGUGGUGGUACAGCCCGGUGAGAACAUCACGAUUCUGGUGGAAAACACAGGCAGGGUCAACUACGGCCCUUUGAAUCACGACAUGAAGGGAAUCAUUUCCAACGUCACGUUGGGCAACCACGUGCUUUCUGGCUGGACUAUGGAGCCGUUGCCGUUGGACGCGUCCUAUGUGAUUAGGCACCUGAUUGACGCCCUCGAGAACUCGAGCGUGGGUCGACGGUGCUCCGCGCCCUCUGCCUUCUUCGGGACAUUCGUGCUGCCCAAGGGUGAAAAGGUGUUGGACACCUACCUGGACCCCACAGGCUGGGGUAAAGGCGCGGCCUACGUCAACGGCUUCAACCUGGGCAGGUACUGGCCAAGCAUAGGACCACAGGUGACUCUGUACGUUCCCGGCGUGCUGCUCCGUCCGUACCCGAACAAGAACACGAUCCUGCUCUUCGAAACUGAGUUUACGCCGCCAGGAAACCGGACCGUUAGCUUCGUGGAUGUGGCUAACAUUGACGGUCCUAUUCCUGGUGACACCGUGAGCUUCAGGGGAUAGCGAUCCACGUGCGAUCCACGUGCGUCGCGUCCAGUGCUUCGCGUACGAGUGCUGCUAAGUUUUAGUGGAAACAGCGGCCGAGUGUUUCUCGCAGUCCCGCUACAUCGGCAAGAGUAUCAGCUAGAGAGGCGACCGCGACGAAUUGUAAUCGGAAACUUGAGAGGCGCACCAUGCUACUUGCAGUGUCUUCUACUUCAAGUGAUUAUCACUGUCGAUGAUCGAAACAAAAGUAUGAAAAAAUAGCACGCAUGGAAGAAUAGUGCAAAUGAACAAUAAAGGCAAAGCAUAAACUAA